CACACACUCACUCAAUCUGAAGUAAAAGCCCCACCAUACACAUAGCACAAAUCUGGAGCCAGGAGACGGCACAGCUGUGCUCAUCAACAGAGCUGCGAGCAUGCUGUACUUAGAGAAUGCAGCCCAGUCACAGUAUAGUGAGCCUCAGUUCACGAACUUGGGGCUCCUCAACAGUAUGGAGCAGCAGAUACCGAACGGAUCCUCCUCCACCAGCCCCUACAACAAUGACCACACCCCCAGCGUGACAGCACCCUCACCAUAUGCUCAGCCCAGCUCUACCUUCGAGGCUCUCUCUCCAUCACCAGCCAUCCCAUCAAAUACAGACUACCCAGGCCCACAUGGUUUCGAUGUGUCAUUCCAGCAGUCCAGCACAGCCAAGUCUGCAACAUGGACAUAUUCUCCAGAGCUGAAGAAGCUGUACUGUCAGAUUGCCAAGACUUGCCCCAUCCAGAUCAAAGUGAUGACACAGCCGCCACAAGGAGCUGUGAUCCGAGCCAUGCCUGUGUACAAGAAGGCAGAGCAUGUCACUGAAGUGGUGAAACGCUGCCCAAACCAUGAGCUCAGUCGAGAAUUCAAUGAUGGUCAAGUGGCCCCACCCAGCCACCUGAUUCGAGUGGAGGGGAGCAGCCAUGCUCAGUACGUGGAGGACCCGAUCACUGGGAGACAAAGUGUUAUGGUGCCCUAUGAGCCACCACAGGUUGGCACGGAGUUCACUACAAUACUGUACAACUUCAUGUGUAACAGCAGUUGUGUUGGAGGAAUGAACCGGCGCCCUAUCCUCAUCAUCGUAACGCUGGAGAACAGGGAUGGCCAGGUUCUCGGACGCCGCUGCUUUGAAGCUCGUAUUUGUGCUUGUCCUGGCCGUGACCGUAAGGCAGAUGAGGACAGCAUCCGCAAGCAGCAAGUGACCGAGGGGGCAAAGGGUGUUGACAGCACCAAACGGCUCCGUCAUGUGAACCAGGGGAUCCAGGUGGCCUCCAUUAGUAGUAAGAAAAGGCGCCCAGGCGAUGAGGAGCUCUUCUAUUUACCAAUAAGGGGACGGGAGACAUACGAAGUGUUACUGAAGAUUAAGGAGUCACUGGAGCUGAUGCAGUUAUUGCCACAGCACACAAUUGAAAGCUACCGGCAGCAGCAGCAGCAUCUGCUGCAGAAACAGCAUUCCAACCAAGCCCCCACCCCCUUUCAAUCCUUUGGGCCCUCUCCCCCGCCGAUGAAUAAAAUGCACAGUAUGGGGAACAAGCUGCCAUCUGUCAGCCAGCUCAUCAGCCCCCAGCGGAACACUCUCACACAGGCAGCCAUGCCGGCCAGUAUGGUCCCUCAGAUGAUGAACAUCCCGAUGCAGAUGAACGGAGAAAUGAAUGGCCUGAGCCCGACGCAGGGGUUGCCUUCUCCGAUGGCAUCAACCUCGCACUGCACACCCCCGCCACCAUACCCGUCUGACAACAGCAUCUCCAGCUUCCUGACGAGAGCCGGUUGUGCGUCGUGUUUGGAGUAUUUCACCACCCAGGGACUGAUGAACAUAUACCAGAUCGAGCAUUUUACCAUGGAUGAUCUGAUCAGCCUGAAGAUCCCCGACCAGUAUCGACACGCCAUCUGGAAAGGAAUACUGGACCACAGACAGUCCCUCGACUUUGCCAACACCCCACAACUGCUGAGAAACACAAGCGGCGCUUCCACUGCCAGCAUGGGCUCCCAGAGCGAGACACGGGGUGAGCGGGUAAUCGAUGCCGUCCGUUUCACCCUGCGCCAGACCAUCUCCUUCCCUCCUCGCGAUGAUUGGAAUGACUUUGGGUUUGAUGUGGAUGGGCGCCGCAGCAAGCAACGCAUCAAAGAGGAGGGAGAGUGAUGGGAGCAGGUGGCCGCUGCCAAAUUCACCCCCAAUAGACAAUGUUCCAAAAUCCCUACUGCCACAACAAAACGAGGGGACGCUGUUGGAACAAAGUUUCUAUACUUUGAGUAUCCUCACUCGUAUUCAUAUCGGUUGCACUUAACCUAGUUUUGUUUUGUCUUUAUUCUACAUUUUUUUUUGUCUUAAGCCCAAACUGCCCAUUUUUGGUAGCUGUAUCAAAGCUUCUAGGGUGCUCGAGGGGCUAUGUGGGAUUUGUAACGGCUGUAUUUAUACACCUCUUCCACUUUAGAAUGGAUCAUUUUCAUCAGCUGCGUGUGCAGCAGGAUGUGCGAGGGAGUAGAGUGGGUGAGUGGACAGGCACUUCCUUCCUCACUACACCCAUCGUUACUUGCACUUCAUAAAUGACCCCAAGGGUAUUUCGCAUCCGGGGUUGAUGUUGGGAAUGGGGAGCUGUCACUAAUUGUCAUUGUAACAGUGGCGGUCAGUCUCUGAGGGAAGGCACUGUUACUGCUACAGUAACCGUAUCAAACACCAGAUCAUGAGCACAGAACUUCUGUCCUGCGAUGGGUUUUGGACCUCUGGUUCAUUCAGUUUCAGUCCUGCAGUGAUGGGCAGGCCACCCAUUUGCUACUAAACCUGCCAUUUGCUUGUUGCUGGUCAGUGGUCACUGAGCACUGCCUCUGUCCCAAAGAUUCUUCUGGCUGACCUGGCCAAAUUCUCUGUUUCUGUGAGCAGCCUGCUCGGGUUGCUCCAGUCAAAAAAUGUGGCCUUCUGAUGCUAGCAGGUUCUGGGUGAAGUGUACCACUCUCAGUGCAGGGCUGUGGCCUUCCACCCAGGGGCUGUGAGUAGAUAAAAGCCAACCGACACAUGUAUUGUGAGUUAGACUGAGGUUAGAAGGGUCAAUCUUCAAUGACAAUAUUUUAUAAUUUUUCUGGAUGUUAUAUUGGGACCCAUCUCCUCGUGCAUUUCAAUUGCAGGACACUGCGGGGUGUGAAAUCGUGCUAAUCCUGUGGGUGUUGCCCAAACUCUGAGGGAAUACUGGGUUACUCCAUGUGUUACUGCUACUGGAGAGCAGCUCCAGUUACACACAAGCCCAGCAUCAGUCCGGGCUCGAUCCAUUCAGAAAGUUCCUUCUGAAUCAUGGCCACAGUGUGCAGAAGGCUCUUCACUGACAAUAGCCCAUCACGGGCAGUCAAGGAUAACUAGUAAAUUAAGUGGUUUCUGAUCCUGAGUAAACUGGAAAUUGGGCAAUAUAAAUGCCUGUCAAACUAACUAACACUUUAUACCAUUGUCACCUAGUUAAAUACUGGUGAGUAAUCUGGCCUGACUUGGUGUGGAUGAGAUGUUGAGCGAGAUUCUUGUUUAAAGCUUUGACUGAAGCCACCACUUGUAUCAUGACAGUUUACAUACUGUAGUGUUGCAUUUUCCUACCUGAACCUGGUGCUGGGGUAGCCUGUCUGUUACUGUACAUCCGUUUUAUAUCUGAGGGUCCUAGAUUUCAAUGUUAAUUUGUAUUCAUCUCUUGAUAUUUUGCUACGCAGACUGAGGCUGUCCUGCUGGUAAACUCCAAGCAGCUUGGUGCUCCUGGCUGAGGGGGAAGGGGGGUCAUCUUGGAACUCCCCACAAAACUGUGAAGUAGGGUGUAGUAUGUAGCAGCCACACUCAGACACGCCUCACGCUUUCUGACCAUUUCACAAUUGUUCUAAACUUUUACAUGUAAAAUUGGAAUUUAAUCCCCACAGACAGUUUCUGUUUAAUAUCCAAUAACUCAAUUAAUUCAGAAACAGAUGAAUCUGCAGGGAUCCUGCCUACGACUGUGGAAUUAUCUGGCAGCACUCUCUGCCUGGCUGGCCUUUGGUGACACUGCACAAACCCCACAAAGAGUGAGAGCUACAGGAAAUGAAGUGGGAAAGUCAGCAGGAGGGAGGGGGUGAGGCCAGCAGAUGAUCAGUGUUAGUACAGACUGUGGGUGAAUAGUUUCAACAUGCUUUCUGCGCCAACAGAGAGCAAAAGCACAUAAUCGGUGUUUUCUGCAGGGCGCAGUUGUGGCUGUGACAGACUGCAACAUUGCAGGUAUUAAAAAAGGAUCUGUUGAAGCUUAAAUGGGAGUUCUUCUGCGGUGCAUUUCAGAAUGUUGAACUGGUCAGUCUUCAUUUCACAUUGUUGUAAAUAUAUCAUUGGAGCAUUUUGUCAAUCUUUUUAAAAAAAAAUAAAUAUAUAUAAUGUUUAAGGUGGUAUAAACCAUAAAUGUAACUUGGUCAACCAUGUGUGCACCAACACUGGCAGGUCUCAGCACUGUUACUCAUGGUUAGAGUUCCUGGAGAGAGAGAGAGAGAGAGAGCAGGUAUUUUUUGCCCAUUGUUGUGAGCUUUGGUAGUUGAGUGGGUUUGCAGCGAGGUUACUAAUGGGGUUUGUGAAAGGUGGAUGCUAAUUUCAUUUGGAGUGCCUACUGGAUAAUCAGUGUCAGUGACUGUUGUGAAGAGAGGAAAGGGUGAGCCGCAUGCUGGCAGGUUUGUAGUUGUGUUUGGAAAUGGUACUUGCAUUUCAACCUGUGUAACUCUGUGGCCGUGUGUUGGAUUUGAUGCACUUUAGAUUCCUUCUGUAUAAAGUUCCACUGCAACUCUUAUUUUUCUUUUGCAGUAUUACGCAUUCAAUUAAAAAUUUCUCAAGAU